UGUGGCUAAGAAAAUUUUCAGAUUGUGGGCUCGGAGUUCCAAAAACAUGACUAAAACCUAAGAGUUAGGUAGAUACUUUUUUUAUCUUUCUUUUUGCAGAUGAUAGAUUGGCUCAGGUACUUCUCCGUCUGAGAAAGGGGGAAGAGAUCUUGCUUGCAAAAUUAAGAGGUCAGUAUUUUUUCUGGUCCUUGUCAUGAGCCACUACAUCGUGCCUUUGAUGCUGUUGUCUCUCACCGGAUCACUGCAGUAUCGUGACUCUGUUGUCGUUGCUCUCUUGCUGGAUGUUUCAAUCACCACCUUCGACAGAAAUUGCUACUAGUCUUUGUGAUUGUGGGCUCGGAGUUCCAAAAACAUGACUAAAACCUCAGAGUUAGGCAGACACUUUUUAUCUUUCUUUUUGCAGAUGAUAGAUUGGCUCAGUUCUCCGUCUAAGAAAGGGGAAAGAGAUCUUACAAAAUUAUGAGGUAGCAGAUUUCGUCCCAUUCUUUCAGGGAAAAAAAAAAUUACAAAAACUGAAAAACUACUUUUGAAAAAAUGGAAUCAUGUAUUCUUACAAUUGUUGGAAAAAUUGUAGCAGACUUGUUUAGUCCAUUAAUUGGAGAACAGUUUGGCUAUAUUAUUUCCUACCAGAGCAAUAUUGCAAUUCUCGAAGAUAAAAUUCGGGAGUUAAGUGGCAAGGAGAAGGCAGUGCAACGAUCUAUUGAUGAAGCCCAACAAGAACGAAAAGAAGUCCCAAGUGAAGUUCAGACCUGGCAGGCAAAUGUGGAGAAACAAAUUGAAGAAGCCCAGAAAUUCCUUCAAGAAGAAGAUGUCGAAGCUAGUAGGAUGUGCUUGAAUGGUUGGUGUCCGGAUCUGAAGCUACGCUAUUCCUUGAGUAAGGAAGCUCAAAAGAAUACUCAAGCUAUCGAUGACUUGCUAAAAAAAGGUGGAAAACAUGAUAGGGUGUACAACACUCCACCUCCAUUGGAAGUGAGAUCAUCACCCACAGGAUGGUUUAAGGAUUUUGAAUCACGAAAAUCAACGAUUCAAGAUGUUUUGGAUGCUCUAAAGAAUGACAAGAUAGACAUGGUUGCAUUAUGCGGUAUGGGAGGGAUCGGCAAGACAGAAAUGGCCAAAGAGAUUGAGAGAAGAGUGAAAUCUGAAAAUUUAUUCCAUAAAGUUGCCAUUGCGGUGGUGUCUCAAAAGCCAAGCUUGACAAAGAUUCAAGGCGAACUUGCAGAAAUGCUAGGUCCCAAACUUGAAGCAGAGAGUUUACAUGUAAGAGCAAACGAAUUAUAUUCAAGAUUGACUAAGAAUAAGAAUGUCCUAGUAAUAUUGGAUGAUGUUUGGGAACACCUUGAUCUUGGGGCUAUUGGAGUUAUCGAUGCAGUUAAACAAAAGAGUUGCAAAAUCUUGUUGACGUCAAGAAACGAAGAAGCUUGCAAUGCGAUGAGAAUUCAGAAGAUCUUUCCAGUUGGACUUUUAUCUGAAGAAGAAGCGUGGAAUCUUUUUGUAGAGAUUGCAGGUGAUUGUAUUAAUACCUCUGAUUUAAUCUCAAUUGCAAAAAAGGUCGCGGAGGAAUGUGCACGUUUACCCCUUGCCAUUGCGAUAGUUGGAGGUGCUCUUAGAAACAAAAGCGAUAAAAAGGAGUGGAAAGCCGCACUUCAGCAACUGAUAAUAUCUAACCCAAAAAAUAUCAGUGGCCAGCAAAAGGUAUAUUCCAACAUAGAGUUCAGCUACAAUUACUUAGAAAGUGACGAAGCCAAAUCAUGUUUUUUGCUAUGUUGUUUGUAUCCUGAAGAUUUUAAUGUUCCAAUUGAAGAUUUAGUCAGGUAUGGAGUUGUAAAAAGGUUUCUCAUGGGUACUGUGGAACAAACAAGAGAACUUGUCCACACAAUAGUUAAGAAUCUUAUAAGAUCAAAUCUCUUGUUGGAUGGCGACUGGAUGGAAUACGUCAAAAUGCAUGAUGUUGUACGAGAUGUUGCCAUAUCAAUUGCAUCCAGAGACGAAAAUGGUUUUAUGGUAGUGUUGCAUGAAGAACUUGAAGAAUGGCCACAGAAUGAUAGAUUUGACAGUUACACCACAAUUUCUCUUUUACUUGGAGAAAUGAAAUGGCAUCCUACUGAGUUGAAGUGUCCCAGACUUCAGCUUUUGCGACUAUCACGUUUUAACCAUUCAAAAACAUUCCCAGACAAUUUAUUUGACGGGAUGAAGGAGCUAAAGAUGUUGUCUUUGCAAGACCGUGGAUCUUCCUUGACGACGUUGCCGCCAUCAAUCCAGAUCCUCCAGAACCUUCGAAUGUUGAAUCUGGAGUUUUGUUGCUUAGGAGAUGUGUCGGCAAUUGGAACCCUGGGCAACCUAGAAAUUCUUGACUUUUCUUAUUCCAAGAUCGAGGAGUUGCCGUUGGAAAUAGGGAAGCUUAGUCGAUUAAAGUUACUAGAUAUGAGCGGAUGUAGAUCUCUAAAGCGAAUUGCGGCUGGUGUAUUAUCCGGUUUAUCUCGACUAGAAGAAUUGUACGUGGACGGAUUUAGGAAUUGGGGACGUACGACUACGAUGGAAGGAAAUGGAGAAGUAACAAAUAAUAAUGCAAGCCUUACUGAACUAAUUCCUUAUUCCAAUCAACUGGUGGUUUUAGAAAUCAGUGUGCCAAGUAUCUCAUGCUUGCCAAAAGAAUUGUACUUCAGUAACUCCAAUUUCAGAUUUAGGAUACAUAUUGGGAUAGAUUAUGUGCUGGAGAAUGAGGAUUAUUUAUUUGAAAAUACUUUGAGACUCAAAGUGGAGGAUGCAAGUGAUCUUGGGGAAUACCGAGAAAUUCGUUCAUUGUUGAAGAAAGCUGUAGAUUUGACAUUGAAUAUUGUAAAAAAUUUGAAACAUAUUUGGUUUGAGAAAGAGCAAAAAGGAAUUUUACCAUGCAGCUUGAAGAAUCUAACAAUUUAUGGAUCUAGAGAUUUAGAAUAUCUACUCGAAGCCACAUCGGAUAGUACUCCACCUAAUCCCUUCCAUCUCUUGCGGUCACUUGAAUUAGUCAACUUACCAAGGCUCAUUGGCAUCUGUAAUUCCACGAAUUCAGUUGAGAUUACAUUGACAAAGGAAGAGGAGCAAAAUGUGAGUGAGACUGAAAAUCAAGCAAAGAUGUUGUCUCUGUUUCAAUACAACUUGAUUGAAAGUUUGACAAAGCUAGAAGAACUUGUUGCACAUCGAUGUGAUUCAUUGGAAGCGAUAUUUGAACUUGAGGGACUAAAUGCUGAAGAAAGCAAUAUCUUCAAUAAUUUGACAAUGUUGUCAUUAGAAGAUUUACCGAAGCUAUUGCAUAUAUGGAAGAAAGGCCCACGAGAUAUUAAGGGAUUUAAUUACUUGAGAUUUCUACAAGUAUGGGGAUGCGAUAGUUUGAAAUGUUUGUUCACACCAUCCAUUGCAAAACUUCUUGUGAAAUUAGAGAAAAUAGACGUACAUCGUUGCAAUGAAAUGGAAGAAAUCCUUGGAAAAGAAUUGGGAGAGGAAGAGAAUAGAGAUGUGAUUGCAUUCCCCCUAAUGAAGACCCUCGAGCUAGCGGAUUUACAAAAGUUGGAGUGUUUUUACAGCGAAGAUAAUCAUGCAUUUGAGUGGCCAUCUCUGGAUAACAUAACAAUAGGUGGAUGCCCAAAAUUAAAAAUGUUUGUUUCGACAAGUACAAACACACCUAAGCUAAAGGGAGUACUGCAUAUGAAGUCCAGAACUUUUCAACCAAUGGUAGAAGGAGACCUCAAUGCCACCAUACAACACAUUAUCAAAGGAAAGGGGUUUGAUCAGUUGGAUGAGUUUUAUCCUUCAUCUAUGUUUCCUCAACUACCCAGAAGGGCUGCAUGAAGCUAUUUUUGGUUUUUUAAGAGGUCGCGGAAGUUCCAAGUCUACAUAUACAUGAGCACGUACUCCUCAAAACACCCUUUGUGGCUGGUCGACACUACUGAGACUCUUUGAAAACUGUGUUUUGUGUUGCUAUUAUGUGUUGCCGGAAUUGCAGAUUUUAUGUUGAUGAUUUUUGUAACUUAGUAUGUGGAUUUUUUUUGUAACUUAGUAUGAUAGAUCUUGGUUGUUUUUUUUAUUAUUAUUUAGCAUAAAAGAUGUGUGUAUUGUACGUAUUGGGUUGUAAUCUUGGGGUUUCUUUUUGUGCUGUUGUUAUGUGUUGUUGACAUGAACACAAGUAUGUUGCUAGACAAGGUAAUUUCUUGUUGGAUGUGCAAAUUUGUAUAGGUGUUUCUUGUAACUAGUAUGUUGCUGUAAUGUUGUUGUAGUUGAUAGAUGAAAGUUCGGGAAGAAAUUUUGGUA